UUCUAUUGGAAUGUAACCUUUUUCAGUGCAAUGUUUCACUAUAAUCUCCAAGUUAAACAUAUUUCAAGGAUUUAGUAAUGAGCAUCUAUUCAUGCCCUACUACUUUCUCCAAAAGAUAAAGCCAGUACAAUAGUUUAAAGUGUACAACAUGCCUUCGAAUCAACUAUGAUAUUUUUUAGAGAGUACAGCUUUAUACUGUAACCUAUAUACUUUCUGACACGGUGAUGUGGAAUCAAAAUUUGCUGUUUUUAGGUGGAAUUUCAACUGCAGUUGCAGCUGCGGUUUAUGUGUUUUGGGGACCAACGCUAAAAAAAGAAAAAUCGCGGACUAUGUAAAGGAUUGGAGAAUCUUGGAAACACAUGUUUUAUGAACGUGAUAUUACAAGCAUGGGCAGCAACUCCGUCUGUGGUCAGAUGGCUAGAAGAGUGGCUCAACAAGAACAAAGACAAUGUGGGGAAAGGAAGCCUUGCUCCACACUUACUUCAUACACUACAUGUUGUGAACCAAGUGGAGGAUGAGCCAGAUGAUGUGCAUUCACCAGCCAGCAUUAUUGGUGCCCUUCGAUCUCACAGGUGGAUCAUAUCACAUGAACAACAGGAUGCACAUGAGCUGUUCAACGUCCUCACCACAACUCUGGAUGAGCAAAGUAAGAGCUACCCCAGCACUCCGUCCUGCUUUGACCUUCACGCACUGCAGAUGUCUCAGCGCAGUGGUUCUGGAGGAAACCAAGAGCCUGUUCCGGUGCCCCACAUGCUGCGUAACCGUGACAAUGACAGCCCAUUCAGGAUGCUGAUAGCCAGCCAGAUGGAGUGUAUUGACUGUAAAUACCGCCAUCCCGUCCGGUAUGACCUCAAUAGCACCCUGUCCCUGGCCUUCCCGAAAACUGCCUGGAAAUCCAUCAAGUUGGAGUCUCUCCUCCAGAAGUUCAUCACUUCAGAGAUUGUUCACAAUGUUGAGUGCCCCGGAUGCAGGAAGGUUCAGCAGCAGAAGAACAAGAAACUAAUCAAGGAAGGAUUCAUUGAGGACACACCAAAAUCGUCUUGCCUGAAACGACAUACUAUUGGAAAGCUACCGCAGUGCCUGUGUCUUCACAUGCAGAGGACCCAGUGGCUGGACAGCGGGAUUCCCCUCAAGAAGUACGAGCACGUGGUAUUUCCUGAGACGCUGCACAUGGACGACUAUGUGUACACAAAGUGCGAGUCACGCAAUGGGCUGCUGGGAGGGAAAGCUCUGUUCGGGAAUACUGUGGUACCCCUUCCCACUGUCUCGCCUCUCACCUCCCCAACAUCUGGUCAUCUGACGCUGCUAAGAGCACUCAACUACGACAGCCGCAUCUCCACCCGUGGCCUCUCAUUCCAGUCAACGCCUCCUAGUCCGCCUACAGCUAACCAGCAGUCAGACAUCAAUCACAACAGCCCAAAAUCUUCUCAAGACUAUACCUUCAAGCUUACCUCGGUUGUCAUGCAUUUAGGCGAUGUGUUUUCUGGUCAUUUUGUGACCUACCGUAGGAGUUUGUUGAGAAAGCGUGGCGAACAGUUCAGCUCUCAGUGGUUGUGCACGUCUGACCAUGCAGUUAAGGAAGUUUCCCUAGAAGAAGUGCUAGCUACGGAGGCUUACAUGCUGUUUUAUGAGCGGGAAUCCUAAAAAUAGGACCAAUACUGUUGAUUAAAUCAGACAUUGACAAUGAUGAACACAUUCUAAUCAGAGAAAAAGUCAUUCUUAUUUUAUCAAUUAUGCAAUUCAAAGUUUAUUAAAAACUAAUAUUCAUUGCGUAUUUGACUACCUGUUUGUGAAUCAGUGCAUUAUGAUGAGUUCUUGUUCUUCCAAAUAUUAUAACAUCAACCAGUAGUUGACAAGUUUGAAAUUAUUCAAGCAAUUUAUGUUUUAUAUAAUUACAUAGUUAAUGUGUAAUAAAUACCUGAUAAAAAGUCGGUUAGUGUAUGGAUAUUAUAUGGACUAAAUAAUGGUGUAUAAAUGCUCAAAAUCUUCAUUAUUGAUAAUCAAAUGUAAUGUUUUAUAAUCUUGAUGUUAUUAACACUGCAAUGUCAUAUUUGCAAAUGAAACAUGUGCAAUAUGCAAGCGCUAAUUGUGAGAUAUUUGGGUCAUGCUAUAUUGGGCAUCUUUUUUCGGGUGUCUUCAAACUUUACCUUGUUGCCAUGCUAGAGGACACAACUUUCAUCCAAUUUUGAGGUUACUUGGUCAAAUUAAUUUUCUUGACAAUAUUCAGACGAAGUUGGAAUCUGGGUCACAUGCAUCCUAAAACUACAUUAGGUAAAUAUUUAUAAAAAACACACUUUGUAAUGUACCUCGCAGUCUUUGGAAGCCAGUUAGUUUAAAAAUGACCAACCUGUGUCAAAUAACUAGGUCAAAGAACAACCUUUUAACCACUAGAAAACGCUUGUCUACAAGGUCUAGGGUCACAACUGAACUGAACAUUUCAGGGACAUCAUGCCCCUUGUAUAUAUGGGUGUAUGCAUUUUUUUUGUUAUAUACACAGUGUUUUUUUUUUUUAAACUUAUAAGCCACAUAUUACAAAUAUUGCAUACAUCACAUACAAUCUGUAUAGAAAUACUAUCCAUAUUUGUAUUUUAUUUCAAAUGAUUUUGCCCACACAUGGAUCAUAAUAAUAUCAAGAAAUCAGCACAUAAUCCCUUAAAUCUUUGUAUGUUGCCAUGCAAUAAAACAUGCCAGAUAAGGCGUUAUUUAAUGUUAGCGCUCAUUUUUCAGCACAUUUGCUCUAUGUUUGGCACAUCAUAGUAUAGUGACAUUUCACAACUUGCACUGUUCUCAUAUUAAAGUUUUAAUAUUGCCACCAUGCCAUUUGUUGUUAUGCAACCACACUUGUUAAAACAUUUAUGCUAAACGAAAUACUUUUGCAACUAUUUAGUGUUUUUUUUGUGCAUUUGUGUUUAUCAAUAUAUAAUUUCGGGGCCCGUCUUAUCAAAGAUCGUACAACAUUAUUACCUUACGAUGCAAUUUUUGAAGCGCCAUAAUACGUAACCGUCACAUGUAUAAUUACUUUUGUUGAACAUUUCCAUUCAUUUUCAACGUAGCUGUCAAAUAUCCUUCAUAUUUGAAACAUACAAAUCAUAAUCACUUAUAUUUUAAAAUUACAAAAUUCAAUCGUAAGUUAACAUUGUCGUACGAUCUUUGAUAAGACGGACCCAAGGUAUUUAUUUAGAAAGGCUAAUGUUUUAAAGGGGCGUUUUUACAUUUUGGAAAAUUGACAAAAUAAAACAAAAUUAUUUCUGAAUCGCAAA